AUGGCAAACUACCACCGCAACAACGUCGAGCAUGUGGUCCUCGGCCACCACCACCAUCAACACCACCGUUCCAAGGCCACCUCCGUCGCCGGCGGCCAUUUCCGCCUAUGGCAGUCCCUCUCCGUCACCUCCUUACGCCGCCUGAUAUUCGACGCCGUCAGCUGCGGCGCCAGUUCCCGCUACGCUGAGAGAUCCGACACGUCCUCCGAGAGACACCAGCACCAACAGAAACAGCAACAGCUGCACAAGACGAAGCCGAAUAGCGCGAAGUCGGAGAAGCUCUCGGAUCUGCUGAACCUCGCGGAGGUCGAAGCCGACGCGGAAACGAAGAAGAAAGAAGAGAAGCUCGAGGAGCUGAAGAGCAUUGUGAAGGAGCUUCAGAAGGAAGAAGAAGGAAAAGAGGAAGAAGAAGAAGAAUCAAUGAAACGAAGAAGAGAAGCUGCUUCGAAGGUGAGGUUGCUAGCCAAAGAGGAUUUGGAAGUUAGAGGAACGCUCGCGAUGCUCGGAGCCAUUCCUCCUCUCGUCGCAAUGCUCGAUGAAACUGAAAACGACGUCGAUUCGCUCGUGGCUUCGCUCUACGCGCUGCUCAACCUCGGAAUCGGAAACGACGCGAAUAAAGCAGCUAUUGUGAAAGUUGGGUCUGUUGAGAAGAUGCUGAAGCUGAUUGCAUCUCCAGAUGGUCUAGAUUCUUCGGUUUCUGAAGCAAUUGUUGCGAAUUUCCUUGGACUUAGUGCUUUGGAUUCGAAUAAGCUCAUAAUUGGGUCUUCGGCUUCAAUUUCUUUCUUAGUUAGAACCCUGCAGAGUUUAGAUGACAAGAGUAGUCCUCAAGCCAAGCAAGAUGCUCUACGGGCAUUGUACAAUCUUUCGAUCUACCCAGCCAAUGUUGCAUUCGUUUUGGAAACAGAUUUGGUUCUGUUUCUGGUGAGCUCAAUAGGGGACAUGGAGGUAACUGAAAGAGCCCUUGCAAUUCUCAGUAACUUGGUGUCGACCCGGGAGGGUAGAAAGGCGAUUAGUGCAGUGCAAGAUUCGAUUCCUAUCCUGGUGGAUGUGUUGAAUUGGACAGAUUCGCCAGAAUGCCAGGAGAAGGCAUCGUACAUUUUGAUGGUUAUGGCACACAAGUCCUACGGGGACAAGCAGGCCAUGAUUGAGGCAGGGAUUGCGUCAUCGCUGCUUGAGUUGUCCCUUUUGGGUACCACAUUGGCUCAGAAAAGGGCAUCAAGGAUACUGGAAAUUUUGAGGGUGGACAAAGGGAAACAGGUUUCUGGGAGCUAUGGCUUGAGUGCUGCUGUCUCUGCCCCUAUUUGCGGCUCUUCGUCGGCGAAGCCGGGUGACGGAGGGAGAGAUUGUUUUGACGAGGAGGAAGAUAUGAUGAGUGAGGAGAAGAAAGCAGUGAAGCAAUUAGUCCAGCAGAGUUUGCAGAGCAACAUGAGGAAAAUUGUAAAAAGGGCCAAUUUGCCUCACGACAUUGUGCCAUCGGAUCAUUUCAAGUCACUCACUUCAAGUUCUACCUCAAAGAGCCUACCAUUUUGA